GGGGGCCGGGAACCAGGUGCGUGUGUGUGUGUGUGAGAGAGAGGAGGAACUGAUCCUGUGAUACUCCGUACGCCCACCUUGUUGGUCCAAGACAAAAAAAAAAAAAACUGCGAGAAAGCGCCUGGCUUCCCCUAACAACAGUUCCACUCGUCGGUCAGGUCUUCCGCACCGGAUGGAUGCUUGACCUUUUUCUUGGCCCUUUUGUCUCCUUCUCUCGAUUCCCACCCUUAAUGCAAGACCCGAUUUGCUUUCUCUCUGGGCCGGAAGGCCGGUGAAGCACGGCAGGUAGCAGACAUGUCGCCAUCACCAGGAGAUGAGGCCCCGUCACCCCAGGAUGCGAAGCACACCGGCGGUGGCAGUGGCAGUGGCCUGGCCAGCGUCUUCAAGGGCCUCGCCGGCGCCGCGAAGCUAACCAAAUCCCCCCCAGCCCCUGUGCAGCAAUCAUCCGGCCACUCGAUAAACGCUCACAUCUCCGAACGUCUCAAUGCCAACCCUACCGUAUCUCGCGGCUUGCCGCCCCAGUACGCCGAGUCGUUCGACCUGUUGAGGGAUGGGUCGAUGAACGAGCGCGUCGCUGCCGCAAAUACGCUCCGUCACGCUGUCGCCGACUAUCCUCUCAACCCCGUCCUCGAUAUCUGGUACGCGGCGAAGGAUCUCAUCGACCCGACCAACCCUAAGACUGCUCGGUAUGCCGGCUGGGAGCUUUUGGGGGAGUGCGUGAAACAUGCUUCGUCGACCGACCUCGAGCGUAACGAGUACUUCAAAACUAUAUCGGUUCUGGGAAACCCGGACGACUUCCACUUGCAACUGGCCGCCCUGGUAGAUUUGACGAACCACGGCCGCAAUCUUUCCGGCUUCGAAUACGAUGUGUUCCCGUGUUUGUCAGUCUGGCUGAAGGCCGCCUUCCUCGCGGUCCGAAUGGCAAGGGGUGUUGCGAAGAAGCAGGGUUCGCGAAUGAAAGGGAAGACGUUGGUUACGGGAGAGGACAGGAACUUCGCAGAUCUGUUCGUCUUCAUCACGGACGUCAUCAAGUUCAAUUUCAAUGUCGCGGACGACGAUGUCGCCCAGGCUCUGAUCGACGAGUUGCUGGAUAUCUGCAUGAAUACGAGCGUCGAGGAGGACCUGCAGGCCUGCAUCAGCGUUAUGGACGCUAUAGUGACCUUUGGGGCAAUCCCCGGAGACAAGCUCAAGAGCUGUGUCCAUGUCCUCUGCUCUAUCCAUUGCCUGGUCCCCGGCCUCCAGAAAGAUGCUUGGCAUACCAUUAGCAUCUUAUGUCGGUCGCACAACGGCCAAGCUACUGUUAGGCUACUCCUGGAUGUUUUGGUGAGCCUCCCGGAGGAUGCGGAUACGAGAAAAGAGGUGGUGCGAGAAGUCAGGGGCGCCCUGUCGGUCCUCGCCAAGCUUGUGUCGAAGAGCUCCGAGAAGGGAUAUCCGGCGGUUCCCUACGCUCUUUUGGUCGAUGGCCUAUCUACCGUGGCCAGGGCCACAUCUGCUUGGAAAAUUCACCUAGAUAUACUACGAUUAACAAAUUCACUGUUCUGCGAUAGCCAAGGUAAUAUCAACACCAUGCUGGCCGAUGAAGAUUGGACGUCGGUUUUCGACGUUGCGGCGGUAUGUGCUAAGGCCGUCACCGAGCUGCUUUCCAAGGCCGGAAGUACCAUCGAAUCGUUUUUGGCCUACGGGGAGACCGAUUCCCCAGAGAGCAUGCUAGCUAGGGAACUAACCAGACUGAUAUCUCGCGUCGAGGAGAUGAUUUCGGAUGAGUCUCGCAUCACUGUUCACAGACACGAGGGUGUGGUAACGGAUGUAGCAAGCACUUCCAGCCAAAGCCAAGAGUACAUUCAGACAGAGCUGCCCGGCAUCCUCAUACAAAGACAAGAUUGCAUCAUCUUCUUUAGUAAAAUCCAUUCCGUCAUUCCCAACUCGGCGGCGGCGUUGGUCCUCGAGCACUUCCAGAAGUGUCGGUUUUGUUCGCCGUCGGAUCCGCUAUGGGAGGAGAAUCUGAGCUUGGUGUUGGAUGCAUUCCUUGCCGAUAGGAAGCGGUCCACCGACGUCCGUUUACGGUCCUUGAGAGCCGUCAUAGAAGUGUAUGAGAUGAUCGAGCUCAUCGACGAUCAGUUUCAGCCCGACUUCAUACCGAGUUUGAUGAAGCGCUUGCUAGCGGAUGUGGCCAAGGAAACGGACACUUUGGUGUUACAGGAACUCGUGUCCUUCACGGUCACCGUUGCUAGCACAGCAAACUCGUCCCUUUUCCGCUACAUAGUCGACACCCUCCGGGGCGUCAUAGAAAAUAGUCGAUUGCGCUCGUCCGUGCUCCCGUCGCCCACCGGUGCUUCGGAGCCACCAUCAACCCCUCUCCAAUAUCUUCGGCCGGCCGCUUCCCAAAGCCCGUCCGACGUUGUCGUUAAGGGCUAUGUGCAGAUAUUCCUGCGCGUGCUGAACCAAGACGCCGUCAAAUCUACGCACCUAUUCGGUCUCCUCGUGUCGAUAGCUGGGUCGAAUAACAGCGAGGCAGACGCACGCGUUAGCGCGAUGCAACUUUUAUUUCGGCUAAGAGCCGACUGGGCGAACCGCGUGUUCGUCACUACACACACCGAAACAUCCUAUCUGGCCACCUCUUUAUACCGAACCAAGGACUCGCUGGCGUGUAAAAUUGCCGAAGAGGCAUCGUAUGCUGGGAAGGCGUCGAGAAGCGACACUGUCAACUCCGCCCGUUCGUCGCGCGGCGUAUCCACCGGGCAAGGUCAAGCACAAGACCGGGGUUAUCCGUCCCGCUCGGCAAGCGGUAGCAAACCGACAGCGAAUCCGUACCAAUACCUGUGGAUCGCCUCUGAUACGGAUGCUUUACCUGAGGCACCGCCACAAGUGGCGAGCACGGUGCUCUACUCCGGCGCGCUGGAUGAAGCCGCGGAUUCGGUGACCGCAGAAGCAGAGGCUCCGACGCAAGCUGCGGUCCUGCCGAUGGGGUUGUGGCUCGACGCUGUGCUGAGCCUGCUGCAGCAAGGUUGUGAUUGGGAGAUUUAUAGCUUUGUCCUCGUUCACUUGCCUUCGCAGUUGAGCAACCAUGCUAUCUUCCGCAACGCGGUACCGCAAAUCCAAGAACUGAGGAGGAAGAUCUGCGAGCAGAUCAAGAUGAACAACUUCCAGGAGUCUCCGGGCGCUUUUGGGCUACGCCGAGCAGAUGUUGCCAUAUGCCUGUUUCAUAGUUUGACCAUGAUUCUCAGCUACCACCAAUACUUCGAAAAGGCCGAGGAGGAUGAGAUUGUCAGGACAUUCGUGCACGGUAUAGCAACAUGGGAGCGGAGUGCAAAAUGUUGCAUACACGCGCUCACGAUAUGUUGCCACGAGCUGCCAUCUUCGACCAGCAAAGCUCUCGUCACCAUCCUUCAGAAGAUGUCUCAAAUCAUCACCCAGCCUCAUGUGGCCAUGCACAUCCUCGAAUUUUUGGCUUGCCUGAGCCGGCAACCGUCCCUAUACGUCAAUUUCAGAGAGGAAGAAUAUCGGAUCGUCUUCGGGAUUUCAUUUCGAUACCUACAGUACGUUCGGGGGAAGAAGCAAGCGUACAGGAUCAGUUCGUACGGCGACUCGUCGGCUAUGCCCACGGGGGGCUCGGGCGUGGGCGAGGUUCCGUCGCACUUGAACCCAUCGGACGACCUACCUCAGUACGUGUAUACGCUGGCCUACCACGUCAUCGGAUUCUGGUUUCUCGCGCUGAAGCUCCCCGAUCGCGCGAACCAAGUCGGUUGGAUUGCGAGGAAUCUGUUUACGGAUGUCGACGGAUCCCAGGCUUCAGACGAGCAGGCGCAGAUCACGAUGGACUUCAUGCAGAGAGUGACGUACGCUGACGUAGACGAAUCCUCGGCGGACCCUCUCUUCACCGCCGACAGGUUUGGGGAAAUCUUGAAGAGAAGAUGGAUAAUCGGAAACAGCAUCGUCACCAUCGAGCAGGCUACUUCGACUGGCUGGGCUCAGAUCACGAAGCGACAGCCAUCUGGGACUUCGUCAUAUACGAUCCGAGAGCUCUUCCGGCCGCCGCCGGCACACCAAACAAGUGACAGCGCCAAGGGAAGCCAUCCUCCGGCGAAUAGCGUUCUGCCAAAUCAUUUGCUGGUGCAAUUGCUGUCUUCUAUGCCUCAGGGGAGCGACCUUUCGCGCCCUAUCCCGCUACCCAAUGACGACGCUGUCGAUAGAGCUAUCAGAAUGUUCGAUCACAAUUCGACGGUGGACGGACACAAGGUCGGUGUGAUAUAUGUCGGAGAGAACCAGACGACGGAGGCGGAAAUCCUACCCAACGUAACCGGAAGCGGCGACUACGUGGAAUUUCUCAACGGCCUCGGCACGUUGACCAAACUCAAGGCUGCUACGUUCAACACCCAGGGCUUGGACCGGCAGUACGACACGGACGGCCAGUACACAUUCUGUUGGAGAGACAGGGUGACGGAAAUGGUGUUCCAUGUGACGACGCAGAUGCCGACGAAUCUGGACCACGACCCGCUCUCGACCUUGAAAAAGCGACACAUCGGAAACGACUUUGUCAACAUCAUCUUCAACGAUUCCGGGCUACCCUUCAGGUUCGACACGUUUCCCUCGGAAUUCAACUUCGUCAACAUUGUGAUCACGCCAGAAUCACGAGCUUCGUUCGUGGCUACGCGGCAGAGGACGCCGAAAGACGUGGAGCAAUCGUUCUACAAAGUGCGCGUGAUGAGCAAACCAGGCUUUCCCGAGAUCUCUCCCGCUUCGGAAACCAAGAUUGUAAGUCUAAGGGCGUUGCCCGAGUUCAUACGACUCCUGGCGCUAAACGCGUCGGUGUUCUCGCUCGUGUGGGCCCACAGGGAGGGCGGUGAGCAUAUCUCGUCAUGGCGGAACCGCCUCAGGGAGAUCCGACGGCUCCGCGACAAGUACGGUCCCAGAAUGGGAUGGCAAGGCCCGGCGCCCUCACCGCCGGGGACGGCGCUGGGUCACGGCAGCGCUACCGCGGCGACGAACGCGGCUGCGCAGUUAGAAGCGGCGAGGGCGGGGAGCACGGUUCGCGAUAGCUUCAGCAGCCUCCGACGAUCCUCGGUCGCCACCUUCUUCACCGCCUCGAGCGAACAGGCCUCGCACCGCUCGUCGAUGCUUUCCACUGCCACCACGGACAACACGGAAGUUAUGACGACCAACGGGUUGGACAUGGUAGUCGACAGCGUCGACUUUUCCAAGUGGUCGUCGGAACGCUUGAAUCAUUGAAACACGCGACAUUCGCAACUCUUCAGGGAGGUAUUUUCAGGAGGUCACGCAUACACGAUUGAUUGUCUACGAAAAAAACGGUUCUUGGGGUCCCGCGGAGAAGAAAAAAAAGCAUGGCGUCUAGGCAGAGAGGAAGGAUACCACUGAAAGUUGUUUAUCUCGUCUUUUUUUUUUUGUCGCCUUUUUUUUUGUCAACAUUUCUGAUGGCGCAUGCCAUCGAGGGCUGCUUAAUUGCCACAGGGCUAGAGGAAGGGGGAAUUUUUCUUCUCUUCUCACCCUCUGGCCCACAAAACAUAGCAUUCGGAAGGUUCGCGUACGGCGACUAGUGGCUUAGGAGAGGAGAGAAGAUGGAUGCGGGACGGCCUCGACAUGGCGAGGAAGAAGAAGAAGAAGAAGGGAUGGAAAGGGGGGUCUAAAGGGGGGGAAGACGAGAAACAGGGAGGAGAGGAGGAAUAGGAGGAAUAAAAAAAAA